AUGGCUGUUUUAUGGCUUACCCAGUUUAUGAUUGUUACUCUGAACAUCCUUUUGGGAAUCCUAUUUGUCCUGGCAAACAAAGACUUUUGUGGAAGCGCUUUUGAAACUCAAGUCGGUGAGUAAAUGUUUCAAAAAAAAAAACCCAAACCAAAAAAAUGAAAGAAAAAAACAUUUUUACACUCUCUAUCUUUAGCUGGUAACUACAAAUAACGCUUUUUUCCUUUCAGACCAUACCUUGGUGGGUCAUGUUAUUCAGACAAAUGUUGUUGUGGACGAGUUUGAAUGCCAGUUAAAAUGUAUGGGAAAUAACAGCUGUAAGUCGAUCAAUGUUCAUCGCGGUGACAGCAAUGGAAAACGUAGCUGUGAGUUGAAUAAUAAAACACGGCAGAUGAAGCCAGGUCAUUUUAAAAAGAAAAAAGGAUCUACAUACUAUAGCUCUGUUCAGGUGGGUUCUGGGUUGAGCAGGUUUGUUGAUAACUUUCCUAUGUAAUUCACUGCCAAGAUCAAUGUUUCGGUACUACUGCUAUAUACUAAUGAAAACUGAGAGAAUCAAUUGUUAUUGGCUUAUAAGUAGGCGUUCACUUCGUAAAUAGAACACCAGACAGUUUAAAAUCUCGGGCAAACGUUUCUCCAAACGAGUUUUAGCUAUCUUCAUCAUUUUGCAAUUCCCGUUUUACAACAACCCGCGAACUAAAAGGUUUCUUUUCUGCUUACAAAGUGUGUUCUGAGUGUUGACAUUAGUGUAGGGGCAACGUCAAAUUUCCUUUUUGAAAGUGCAUAUUAAGCGUCUGAAUACUGAUAACGAGAAAACAAGCUUUGUUUACUCUGAGCAACGAUCGAUGGCAGAACGGGAGGAAAAAAGUUCACCUGUCUGUCUUACUAAUCAGGCCUCCUGCUUGGAUGUUUCUCGCGGGCGAAAAUAA